UGUCCCAGCCACCGUCAGCCACAGUCGCAGCCGGACCUCGCUCCUCAACUUGGCAAAGAUGCCUACAGAGACUGAGAGAUGCAUUGAAUCCCUGAUUGCUGUUUUCCAAAAGUACAGCGGGAAGGAUGGAAACAACACUAAACUCUCCAAAACUGAAUUCCUUUCCUUCAUGAACACAGAGCUGGCUGCCUUCACAAAGAACCAGAAGGACCCUGGUGUCCUUGACCGCAUGAUGAAGAAGCUGGACCUCAACUGUGACGGGCAGCUAGAUUUCCAAGAGUUUCUCAACCUCAUUGGCGGCUUAGCUAUAGCGUGCCAUGAUUCUUUCCUCCAAACUUCCCAGAAGCGAAUCUAAUCCUCUCAGUUCCCAUCCAACCACCAAGUCAUCACCUCCCCCGACCCCAUCCACACCUGCACUGAGCCCAGCACACCUACCACAACAUGUAUCCCACACCUGCUGGCAAAAAUAAAACAAUGCCAUUUUUUUUUAAGUGUAAAAAAAAAAAAAAAAAAAAAAAAA